CUGGCAUUGGGAGUCCUCGCGCAUUCGGCAAGAACUAUUUCGAACUAAGCAUAACUGGCUGGUAUGGUGCUUGUUAAGUGGUGAGACAUGCUCCAAUGCCCUUCUUUACAUAGGUUUUUUUUUCACAAUCCACCGGCAAUUUUGGCUAUGUUGAUGGCGGCAAAAUCUUCCUUUAUUCCGCGUUGUGGCGAACCCCACGACUUGGUGCGACAACCACGAGCUUUCUCUAAGCAGAAGGAUAACUCACGUUUGAUUUGCUAUUGUUCAAAAAGGCCAGCGGGAUUGGGUCUCCUGAUUGAAAGAAGAUCUUGGAUUAGAAGCCAGUCAUCGAUCAAAAUUCCUACUCGGCUCGAAAUGGUUGUCUAUUGACGUGAAACACUGAAAAUUAUUACCUCUGAAACUUGAUAGCCCAGUUGUGCGGUUUCGUGGAAUUAGACUGCUUUACAUUACAAGCCUCGACAGCUCGCGGUGAUUUACAUAUGUAGCAUAGAACAGGUUGCAAAAAAAAAAAUAUAUUUUAAUCUUCUUCUUCUCUCGGCAGUCUCACAGGAUGACAAGUAUUUACGACAACACCGUUUGCGAAGUAAAAAGACAGAUGCCUAUACCUGUUCACCCAUUCCCAAGAAGUUCCAGACGAGGAAAUUACCGGAUGAGGACCAAAGCACAUCCCUUUCGCCACACGGAUUGGGAAGAGCUGCUCAAGAGAGAGUGGAAUAAAAGGACACCACCCCUCUCGCCGUUGGAAUGGAGGGAGAAGCACGCUAGAAAUACAAACGCUGAGGAUUGCUGCGAAUUUCUCAUGGGAAGGAGAUGUGGCAGGAGGCGAAGGCUACUUUUCCGCAGUGGCUAUUAUUUAACGAUUCAACCGGAUGGUAGUGUCAAAGGAACAAAGCAGAAAGAUUGCCCUUAUGGUAAGUUUACAUUUUGUAGCUUUGUUUACUCCAUAAAAAAAAAAAGUACGUGAUCGAUUGUUGAGGGAAGCCUUGAAUUGGACUAUUCUCUGUAAUGAAGACUGACGUUUGGACAACCUGAGCGGAUGUCAACAUUAGAUGGAUUGCAUUUGACGAAAGCUGCUUAGGUUCUGCAGCCAACAACAACACCACAGAUUGGAACACUCAACAAUUUUUUCAUUCGAAUGUAAUUAAAUUUGACUGACAAAAAGCGUUCUUGGUGAGGGAAUUACUACUGAGGGGGGGGGGGGUGGAGGAUUUUGAGGGAGGAUCACGCGGUUUUGGAGGGGAAUAUAGGAGGGGAUCAGUCGUCGCCAACUGAGCAGUGAGAGGGCUGCUAUAGAAAAUUUACUUCCUAUAAACUGCCAAUGAAGAGAGAUCAUGGAAAUAUUACAAAGCCUUAUGGGGGGAUCAGUUGAAUGUUAUCGUGACACCCCUCCGUACAUGCCCUUUGACGAAUUGUAGCGGUUUAAGUGUAUUGAACAACCCUCCGUGACACAGCCAAUAUCCCCCUCCUCCCGACCCCAGGCGAUUUAAAUAUUGAAUGGUUGCUAAGAUAGUCGAAAUAUAUGGCUAUCACUGACACCGACAGUAAGCUUUCUAGGACUACCCUCAAUGUACACAUUUUGCUGCAUGAUCGACUGCUGUACUCGGAUGCAAACCAUUUUAAAACUGUCAGUACUUUAAAAUGCUCAUAAUGGUUUAUAUCAAUGUAUCUCUUAAGCAUUGCUAUCACAGCUGUUGACAAGUAACUUUUGGGACAUAUUAGUAAGGCUUAUUUUAAGCCGGAAACGCAGUCAGACUACCGCGAUGUCAAAAUUCGUCUGCAUCAGACCAAGGUCACUUACCUAACCAGAUGAUUUUUCUCGACCAGGCAUUAUUUAUCAGUUGGGGAGAGCUAGGGAAGGAGGGAUUUGGUUGUGUCUUGAUGACAUUGACCUGAUUACCCAUAAGCCUCUGCGAUAUUCUUUUGACCCUCCCGCUUUGGCAGUUAGUUGGCAGUCAGUUUCUUUAGUCUUCUCUUCAGACUCUGUUGACGACGACUAAUCCUCCCUCCGUUCCCCUUUAGAACCAAUAUGAUUCUCCCUCCUAUUCUCUGACCAUAUCCUCUCCCAUCGACGAUAAAUAAUGAAUGGUCCCUUAAUUACAACUUUUCUUGUGCUUGUGACCUGAUUCGUUCUUAGUCGCUGUCUCGGUCUUUAGAAGAGCGAGGAUCCUAACUUACAUUUAACUCGCCUGCUCAUCUUUAAACUCGCGGCUCUUGGACUUCAUUAUCAAAUCUAAUAUUUUCCAUAGCAUGUACAAUCCAAUCAGCUACAGAGGUCAAUUCCAUGUUAUGUUACCUUUUCUCUAAGUUAAUUGAGAUAAAUUAGAUGACAGAGUUCCUAACUAACGUGUUUUCUUCCAUUUGACAGCAAUCGUAGAAAUAUGCUCUGUGGGAGCCGGCUUAGUGAAAAUCGCAGGAGUAGAAACCGAGUUCUUUCUUACAAUCGAUGAUUCUGGAACUCUUCGCGCCACGGUGAGUCUAGAUAUAAAACGUAGAUCUCUUAUGAAAAUAACUUAGAACAUUAGAAAACCCAUACACUUCUUGCAAAGAGUAAAGAACGUGGCUCCCGGUGUUGUGGUCUGGCCUCCUUGUUGUUUAUCCAGGCCCCCAUGUGAACCAGCUUUGAAGCUGAACUGGGCCAAUCUGUUUAUAUAUCGCUAAUAAAUGAAUAAAUAGGUGAAUAAAUACAAAUAAACCAUUUUAAUUUCAUCAUUAUCUAUAUUCUAACAGGACGCAGACAGUGAGGAGUGCGUUUUUGAGGAAGUGAUGGUGAAGGAUUUCUAUAGCGCUUACAAAUCAUAUGCAUAUUCGAACGAACAUUGGACAGUAGCAAUCAGCGAUAAGGAUGGAAGAGCGUAUUCUGCUCGUUGUCAAGGACUUCUUGAUUCAGAUCUCGAGGCGCAUUCAUUACCUGAGAUGAUGCCUGAUAGCGACGCAUCUUCGGACGAGGAGUCCACAUCAGAAACCCGAACAUCACCCGAGGUUGACUCGGAUACAUCAGGCUUUGUAGGACUGGAUGCAUCGCGCUUUCUAGAGCAGCAAACUUCGCGUCUCUUUGAUCUUCUCAAUUUUGAUCUAGAAGCGUGUUUAAUGGCUGAGAUACAAGAAGACGCGGGUCAUGCUGUUGUGUUUCCCGAUAAUAAUACUGACAUUGGACCAUCUCUGUCCGAGAUUCUACGCGAGUUAGGAACCAAUUUGUAGAGCGCACAAAUAGCUUGCCUUGGAGCGUGCCCAUGACAGGGGACCCUGGUCACAAACGAUUUUGUCUUUUUACGAGGCCAGCUGAUAUUUUUGGGGGCUGGAGGGGGGUUAGAUUUUAAAGCGCGCUUCAGAGAAGAGCAAUAAUCUUACUGACCACUGAACUGGUGACUUUUGACUGUCAUAACUCACCAGCAGAUACGUAAGGAUAGGAAAGCUCAAGCAUCCUUUCUAAUCUAUAUAAGGGACUGGUCAUUAUUCGUCGCGAGGAAGAGGGGGGGCGGGGGUUAGGGGAGUUUGGUUGUGUUGUAAUAAAAAUUUACAUGAUCCUCUCCAAGGCAAGAUUCCACCAGAAUUCUCCGACCUUCUGUCUCCCCAGGCGACAUUAUGACUGGUUCCUAAUGACAUGCAUCCGUGUUCAAUUUUUAUUGCUCGUGCACCUGAUUUUUAAGCUACAUGCAAAAAUUGGUGUAAUAGAGUUAUUUUAGAGUUUUUUAGAACUUUCUUUCUCUUGUGAUGAAACUACGCUGUAAACAUGCCAAAGAUUUAAAUUUCGUGUUGUGCUGAAAUCUGUUUUUGUAUUUAGCAAAGAAAGUUUCUUUCUUUGUUGUGUAACU